AUGAAGUUCACUGGUUUGGCUCUCGCUAUCGCCGCGUUCACUGCUGGUGCCGCUUCUCAGGGCUUUGGCGACUUGCCCAAAUGCGCGCAAUCCUGCGCCACCGACUCCAUCCCCAGCUCCUGCGGUCUCAACAUCCCGUGCAUUUGCGGUGCCUCGUCUUUCAUCACUGGCGUUUCGUGCUGUAUCGCUAAGUCCUGCAGCCCCGCAGACCAAGAGGCCACUAUCCAAUUCGCCGACAAGCUUUGCGCCGGUGCCGGCGUGACCAACCUGCCCACCGCCGCCGUCUGUUCCUCGGCCGCCAGCGCGACGGAAACCCAGAGCCAGAGCCAGAGCCAGAGCCAGAGCCAGAGCCAGAGCCAGACUCAGAGCCAGACUCAGAGCCAGACUGCCGCCUCGGCUACUACUAGUGCUCAGAGCACUCAGACCAAGGCCUCGUCUACAACCGGAACCAGCGCCAGCUCGGCCAGCGCCGCCUCAUCGACGAGUACCGGUGCCGCUGCUUCAUUCGGGAAGACCAGUGGCGGUUUUACCGCUGGUGUGAUGGGCGCGGCCAUGUUUGCGGCCAUGUGUCUUGCUUAG